AUGGCCUUCAACGAUCCACCCGGGGAGAUGCUCCACAUUGUCUUGAGCCUUUUGCGGGCUCGUCUCGUUGACAUUGACCGUUUGGUGAGCGUGGCUGGGUCGAUGACCGCGCUCAAUCUACUCACAGCUGUAAAUCCCAGGCGUCUGCACUUCUUUGACAUGAACCCUUGUGCAAUCUUGUGGGGCAAGUUGCUUUGUGAGCUUAUCUUGCUAUCGAGCACGCCACAAGAGUUCAUUUCCCGACUCUUUGCACGAAGCGUGGCCGAAUUCGAAUGCGAUGCUGGCCAGCUGACGUUCCGAAACCAGGAGAAGUUUCUCGCACGCCCAGUGUCUGCAGCGAUGCGAGAAGAGACCCGGCAAGCUCUGUCGGAUGAGGCAGCCUCUGUCUACUCGCAGAUCUUGUCUGGCUAUCAGGCUCCCACCAGCUUCGCAGUUUUCUGCAACACAUCAGCUCACCCGGUGCUGGGUGGCGGAGCAUACAUGCACGAACACGAAGCUGUAGCGCCUCCCAGCUCCGAGCGGAGAUGGGGACUCGGCGUGUCUGUUUCUCCAAGCGUGGAAAGCAAGCACACAUCUUGUGGCAGGAUGGAGCGGUGCGCCACGGUUGGAACACCCCGUGCAUUGUGCCGUGCGAAGAUCGGCGGCGGCUGCACCACUCCACGCGAUCUGGUUUGGGAAGCCAGGGCCGUCUCCCGAGCGACAAGGCUUGAUCUUUGUUAUUGGGUCGCUAUAGCUGAUGCAAAACGUAGCAUCACCGAGUCCUGUUGUGAGCCUUGUAGAGAUUUGCAGAUGUUCUUGAAGCGGUUGAUGUUUGUCGAGCCUCACCCAUGUCCGGACGACAUUCGCCCGACGGGACAUCGAGGUGAUGGGGUCGCUUCCUUCCACUACGGAGAGGGCUGGCUCGCAUCCUCCUGGCUCUACGCGGAGGUGCGGAGGAAGCUGCAGCAGACCCAACCGACCUGGUCGAGCCAAGUCGAUUUCCCGGUUCUUGAUGGACAUGUUCUCCUCCGAAUUCGCCAGCGCCUGGUCAUCUGA